GAAGCAAGUGUUGCGCUUCUUUCCUCAGGAACCCACCUACGAGCCGGUGGAAGAACAGCGCGGUUCGCUCGAGGAAACCCAUCGAAUACUUCAGGAGAUCGAAAAAAUCAAUAUCGCAAUGGGCUACAAAAAGAAGCAGGACGUGGCAUUUCCUCGUACACAAGGCUACAACGAAGGCUACUUUUAUCCCCGGCCAGUAUAUCAACCACUAAAUCUUCGCACCACCGCAAAUCCGGGCCCACUGUUCAAGCAGUUUAACGGGCAAGAGCUGACCGCUGAUCCAUUUCAGGCUCAGUCCUACUACUAUCCGGCUCCAUACCUGCACCUCCCGAUGCCCGAUGUUCCCCGAUCGUUCCAGCAGUUGAAGUUGAAGAAGAACAAGAAACUGCGACCGAAGAUUUAUGUUUUGCCCGUGGCUGUUCGUUCAGCAGAUGGGAUGUCCAGCGAGAUUCGGUUUGUUCCCAGUACGAUCGAUUUUGGAACAUUGAGAGCGAUGAGAGGCCAUGCAAAAGCUAUACCGCUGGAGGAGGAGAUCAGCCCAAGAAAACAACAGAAGAAGGCAAAAGGAGUGAUUGAAGAUGUAGCUGGAGUAGUAGAGGAAGAUAAGAUCGAUGAAGAUCUGUUAGAGGAGAUGUUGGAUGCCGUUGAGUACGAGUUGGGUGUUGACGAUGGGGAUAAGGAAAAAAAGAAGAUUGCGCAAGUCCUGCCGAACGAUAAAUUUCUCAAUAGUAAAUUGAUCGAAGACAGCGCUAGUGAUGAAAAGGAUGAAGCCGAUUCGGAAUUGGACAUGUUGAUUCUGAAUAAAUCGAUCGGCGGAACCGGAAGAAGCUUCAACAUUUCAGCAACUUUUCAAAAUUUUACCAAUCGGUUCAGUAUCUUGCCAUCGAGUUCACCGGCUACUACCCUGCCAUCGGAAAUCAAAGAUCUGAAAGAGCUUCCAGAAGGAACUGCAGAAAGCACAACUGAAGCAGAACUCCCGCAAGAGAAGGGACCGUUUGGGUUUUUCAACCGCCAGAGUGACCCGUCGAACGGAGGAGGUCUUGUGAUUCAGAGGCUAAGAGUUCGACAGGGUGGAAUAGCUAUCGCAGGACCUGGAGGUGUGGCCACCGCUGGAAGUGGUGGAACAGCGAUUGUAGGCCCGAACGGUACAGCGAUCACUCAUCCACGAAGUCUAACGAUAGCUGGACCUGGCGCGAAGAUCUAUGCCGUUCCGGAAAGUGUAGACCUAGAGAAGACGAUCAAUGCGACGAAAAGAAGUUUACCCCUCGAUGCCGUACUGGUGGCUAGUGGACCCGUAGUUUACUAUAGGAAUUAGUCAGAGAUGAGUUACGGAAUGAGGGAAAACAGUGGCCAUGCUGUAUAUAUCUUUUGUAUAAAUUUCGUACGAAAACACUUGCCAUCAGUUGCGACAUUGAUUUCUUUUAAAUUAUACCGUAGAUAGGGGGAACGUCCGGGUUAGUGUUAUGUAGUCUGUUUCGUAGCAUUUGCGGAAUGAAGUCAUGCUUGAACCAAGUCCUCUAGAUUAUCACAGAUUUUGCAUUUUUUGAGAUACGUUCGUAUGUUUUAUUUUAGAUGUAAGGCGAUAGAAUAAAGAUGAUGACACUGAGUAGUAUACGAAAACCUGUAGUUUUAUUCGUAGGUCUAGAAAUUGCAUGCUAUUCUGUAGUGGUUUUAACUUUGUUACUAGCUCUAACCCUGUCAUGCGGAAGCCAUUAAGCAUCUAUGAGUGAUGUAGUUUAACCAGUUGCUAAGACUUCGUAGAUAACAGCAAGCAUCUAGUGGAGAGAUGGUUUCGGUAAUUCUAAC